AUGUGUGGACAAGAAGAAGAAGAAGAAGAAAUGAUCAGGAGAAUUUUAAAAAAAGAUGAUGUCAUUUUCCUCUCAAUUAGAUUCCAUCAUCAUCAUCAUCAUCAUAUGAAUAGAUCAACCAAUUUUAUAAUAUCAAUCAUUACGAUUGUUUUAUUAUUGGUCAACGUAACAACAUCAGCCUCACAAGGAGCAGAGUGUAAGUCAAAAGUCAACUCAUACCAUAGCAUAGGCUCCUCUCAUCAUGCACUCUCGUGUCGUUUCGAUGGAUUUUUCAAAAAAUUGGUGUCCAUCCGAAAAACUAGUUGUCCACAUGUCUGCAGACCUAAAUCGGGUAUUGUUUACAUCACAUGUACUAAGGGCUUGUGCACGCUAAUGUGUCGUUUCGAUGGAUUUUUCGUGUCCACAUGUCUUUGGCCAAAUCGAGGAGUUUAUUUGAUGUGA